AUGGCGUCGACGGCGAUGGACGACACCGCGCGCGCCGAUCACCGAUGCGAGGUGUACGCGGUCACGCGAGAGUUCGUGGAGUGGGGCAAGGGCUUCUAUCAGCACCUGCCGAACCCGAUCCGCGAAGGGCUGCGAGCCGCGGGCGUGUGUCACUACACCGUCGUGAUCAGAGACGUGACCGACGGGACGCUCACGUCGUUCGACUUCGCGCCCCCCGGCGGGGACGUCACCGGCGCGCUCGCGGGAGGCUUCCGCGGCGUGGCGUCCGCGCCGGAUCUGCGCGGGGGCGAGGAGGACGCGCGCGACGUCGCCGUCCUCGACGAUUUCGUAGACGACGGCGACGACGAAGAUGGAAACGAAAAGAAGCCGGCGCCGCCGACCACGGCGAUGGCGCGCGCGAAAUCGUGGAAGGACCUCGCGCGCUCGGUCGCGACGUCGACCUCGCGCCGCGCGCGAACCUCCGGCGCGAUCGAGGGCGAGAUCCGCGAGCGAACGCUCGAGGAGCUCCCGGAUGGACAUCACUUCGUCGGGACCACCUCUUUGACCGUAGACGAGAUUCGCGAAUGGAACGCGAAGCGAGAGAAGACGUACCACCUGAACCAGAGCGACUGCAGGCACUACAUGAACGACCUGUGCGCGCACGCGUGCCCGGACGCGGCGCACGGGCCCGGAGGCGUCUCCUCCGCGGUGGCGUGGAAGCAAACAUGGUGCCGCCUUCGCGACGGGAAGUCGUACGAGGCGUUGCAUCUGCUCCCGGUGCGCGUCGCGACGGAUCUGCGAAACAAACCCGCGAUCGACCGCCUGCGCUCGGCGUUCAGCGCGUCGUUCGCGUUCGGUCUCGGCAUGCGCGCGUGCGCGGUGCUCUUCCGCCCGAUCGCGGCGGUCGGUCCCAGCAUCGCGCUCGUGCCCGGCGUCGUCGCGAAAGCGCUCCCGGCGCGUCGGCUCGUCACCGCGGGCGCGGGAGCCGUCGCGGGCGUCUCGGCGGAGGUCCCCGUGGUCAGAGAAGCGAUGCACGUCGGCAACGGCGUCCUGAGCGUCGUCGGCGACGUCGCGACAGGCGUGAUCCGCGGCGCUGGGAGCGUCAUAGGGUCCGUGUCGACGGGGCUGCUCGCGGGGGGGAGCGCUGCUGGGGUCGGCGCUGCUGGCGGAGUGAACGGCGCGGGCGCGGGCGCGAUAAUCGCCGCGAGAGACUCGAGCCGCGCGAUCAACGGCGGUCUCAACUCGGGCGCCGCCGUCGCCGUCGCGUCGAGGUCGCUCGUCGUGCGCUCCGUCGCCGGCGCGGGCGGGGCCGUGCGCGGCGUCGCGAAGGGCGUCGCGGGGAGGGCGGUGAAGGGCGCGGACGGCGUGAAGGGCGUCGCGGGGAGAGCCGCGAGGGCGACGAAGGGCGGCUUGCGCGUCGCCGUGAGCGGGUUGAAAAAAGUCGGGCUCGUCGUCCCGGCGCGGACGACGUCGACGCCGAGGAUGCGACGACUGAGCGUGAGCGCGCGGGGGGCGGAGCGAAAGGCUGCUGAGACCGCGUUCAGCUCGAAGAACGCGUCGUCGACGCGAACGACGACGACGAUGAGCGACGCGCGCGCGCAUCAGAUGCGCGCGUCGUUGGAUAAAGGCUCGGAGCAGACGCGGCGACCGCGGAGCAGGAACGGACACGGGUUGUUCCCGCGACGAUACGCGAACGCGUGA